GUGCACCCCGUGUUCUCUAGCGGACACCCUGCUGCUGCUGCAGACAUGUAGCCUCCAAACACGCCAGAACAAUUUGUACAAAUUGUCAUUUUUUAAAUAUAUCUUUCCGUUUUAAAGAAAGACGUGGGCGGCGUUUGUUUCGGUUGAUUCGAAAUCAAGCCGACCUGUUAACUCAGUUUGGAGUCAUUGAUUCAAGCUAAUAUUCCGCUUGGAUUAUUUUAGAUUGCUGUUGUUUUAAUCUGUGGUCUAAUUUAACUGCUUGACAAGAAGAAGAUGGACACGAAAAGUCUCUCUCCGGACAGAAAUAUUCUGUGUUUAUUCGAUGUGGACGGAACCCUGACCCCACCGAGAGAGAAAAUUGACCCACAGCUGGAUGGAUUUUUACAGUCUCUGCGUACAAAAUUGAAGAUUGGAGUGGUGGGAGGGUCAGACUACUCUAAGAUAGCAGAACAGCUCGGAGAAGGAGAUGAAGUCAUACACAAGUUUGACUACGUGUUUGCUGAAAAUGGCACAGUGCAAUAUAAGGAUGGCAAACUGCUGUCCAAACAGGCGAUUCAGAACCAGUUGGGUGAAGAGCUGCUGCAGGAUCUUAUUAACUUCUGUCUCAGAUAUAUGGGUCUGAUCAAACUGCCCAAGAAACGAGGCACAUUCAUUGAGUUUCGCAACGGAAUGAUUAACAUCUCUCCGAUUGGACGGAGCUGCACACUUGAAGAGCGAAUAGAAUUUGCAGAAAUCGACAAGAAAGAGAAGAUCAGGGAGAAGUUUGUAGCUGCCCUGCAGAAGGAGUUUGCGGGAAAAGGACUGAGGUUCACUCGAGGGGGAUUGAUCAGUUUUGACGUAUUUCCUGAAGGAUGGGAUAAGCGUUUGUGUCUGGAACUCCUGGAGAGAGAAGGAUUAGAUGCCAUCUAUUUCUUCGGAAACGAGACUUCACUGGGUGGAAACGAUUACGAAAUUUUCGAGGAUCCACGGACCAUCGGCUUCACUGUUUACUCCCCCGAGGACACAGCGCGGCUGUGCAGAGAACUGUUCUUCAAUACGCCGCCCAACGAGGCUUGACAAUGCAUCCCCUCAUGCAAGUACAGAGAUAUCAGCAGCACCAGUCUGCGUGUAACUGACUCCCCCUGCUGUCCUGUGCUAGUACUACACCAAGCACAGCACUCUGUGGUAUAUGGACAAGUACGGAUGAUAAACAGGUUAACUAGUGUGGAAGAAACCCAGUCACUACCAGUAAACAAAUUAACAUGUCUGAGAUAGAACUUUUUAAACUUGCAGACUACAUGAGCCCCAGCAUAUACUUGGUCAACAACCAGCACAUUGCUUGUGAUACCAAAACUAACCCUAAGAUUUCACUCCUCAGACUGAUCAAAGGGACUGUUUUAAUGGUAAAAAAAAAGAAAUGUUUAAUGUGACAUUACAUGUGAUGUUUUCUAAGGCAUGGUCAGUGAUCUGUGAUCUGUCUUGCCUGAUUCUGUGAGCUUUCAGCUUGAAUUUUGUUCUGAUUGUAUUUUCCAUUGCACACUCCCAGUCACAGCAGACUGAUGAUCAGUACUUGGAUCCUUUAAGUGCACUCGGCCAGCGGUACAAAGUGCACUGAUAAUGCAGAAGAACAGAUAUUGAGAAACAGCCAGAGUCUCUGGCCUCAUCCCAGGCCACCUGCAGACCCAGAGAACUAGCAGCAGUCCUUUAUCAUGGGUUAAAUAUUGACAUUUUGGCAUUCCUUGAAAGAAUAUGAUUAUUUAGUAAAGGAACAAUGAAUAAGUCAAUGGUUGUGAAAAUCCAUUAUUUAUUAUACUUAGUUUAGAUUUAGUAAUCCUAGCACUAACGUUUAAAACCAUGGCAGGCCCUGAAACUGCAGGUCUAGGACUGCUGUGUGCUCUCUUGGGUGGAUGAAACUGAGGCUGUAUCCAAAUCAUUAUUUUAAACUUUCUGUAGUAUCUGUGUUCCUUGAUUGUGCUUGGUCUGGUAGCCAUGACGCACCACAUGCUGGUCAGUCCAGCCCAAGCUUUCUUGUGUCCUAUAAAGCGGACCUAGUAUGCCACCUACUGGCUGGACCAUAAGUGUGCAGCAAGUCUGCUAUGAAGUCUACUACUGUGUCUAAGGGCCUUAGUGGAAGCAGGUAGAGGCUACACCCUCAAUCAGAACCUGUAUUCACCAAGGAUCACCGUAUAGGAGUACUAAUCUCGGACUGAAUUGUUCCUGGUUUGUCUUGUUCUUAGUCAUUAUGAGCUACUAAGCUAAACUGAUCCAGAAUCAGCACUCCUCACAGCUGCUGUGAGCACAUGUGAAAAGUGCCAUUUUAAGUGUUGUUCUUGACUAAAAAUUAUGUUGAAGGGACAGUAUCUAUUGUCAGUGAGCUUUUUUUCUGACACUAAGCCUAAUCUAUGUAUGGAAAAUGGAGCUAACCAUUCAACCUUAUCAAUGCACAACUGGCUGUAAAGACCAUAUCAUUCAUAGCUGUUUUUGUUUAGAUAGCAGAAGAUAACUGUUCGAACUGAAUGAGAUUAAUCAGUUUCAACACAGUAUCUGCAUGCAAAUGGCUGUUUUGGCAGACUGUUAAAGGGGAAUUCCAACUUUGUAAACAUUCCACAUAAACUGUUAUGAUGUAAACAAAGUCAUUCGGAGUGACUUGAUGCAAAAUGCUUCAUUUUACUGAAUCUUAACGACUUGAAAUUGUUUACAGUGGUGGUGAUGGGAACCAGACGUCUGAAGAGUUUAAUUAAGUCCCUCACAGAGAGAUAUUACACAGAAUAGUUUCACUGGUUUCAAUAGUUUACACAAAAAAGGAUGUUUGAGACAUUGUUUUACGUUGUUUUGUUAAUGGUGGAAAGGUAGAUCAUCUUAAAGGCAAAAUAGUCCCCAAAGAAAACUUUAUCAACAUUACAUAUAAAACUCAGACAAGUGUUGGUACACUGGUGUUUUUGGAUAGUAAAUAAAUUGGGUACACUUAUAUAUAUUGUAGACAUCAUAACUUCUGGUUCCUAUCAACACCACUGUAAAGAAAAUAUGUUUCUGUAAUUUUCUCUACAAUGAACUGUCAAAUCAGACCACUCUGAAAGUCUUUGUUGACAUUGAAAUGCUUGAAUUACAUAGAAAUCUUUAAAAAAUCAGUGAAAAAUUCCCCUUUAAGCUUCAGAGACUGAGCAUGUACAUACUGAACGUGUAAAAGGGAACAGUCAAAUUUGAAUGUAUUCUAAUAGGCAGCAUGAGCUGUAGCUGUCAUCAUUAAUUUACAUUCAUGCCUGAAAGUGGUUGCCUGUGAAUCUAAAUCACUACGUAUGAAUGGCUCAGUCAUUUUUAUUGCAAAUUGUUCUUCUUACUGACUUGCCUUUGUGAUUGGAAUGGUCAAGUUCUGCAUCAGGAUAAUCCUGAAGCCUGUAUAUAGUCAUUAUUGAUGAUAUUGUUUAUUUUCAACACACACUGACACAUCCAAACUCAUGUGGGAUGGAGCAUGAAGCGACAAGAUUUUUCUCCAUCUUGGAUUAUUUUUCUACCCUUUAACAUAAACACAGCAUUCAAACACUCCUGUUAUGGGUUACAAGAAAUAAUGUGAUAUUUCUUUCAUGGUACAUUUCCUGUGUGUAAAAGAUCAGAAACGUCUGUGAUUUUUUUUCAACAGUACAUUUGUCACUGCAGUGUUCAUCUGUUUUAAUAAAUCAUUUUCAUAAA